UCCCAAGCCAUUCACACCAUUCGGUGAGUUUACCCGGUCGGUCCGAGAGGGGAGCCUCAUGGAAAGACGUGGUACGCUCUAUACUGCUCUCGGAUAUUGGCCAUUCGAAGGAGUUUGACUUGACUGACGCUCUUGGACCUCGACAGACUCUCUCCCAAGGUUUUGACCUGUUACUCUUGUAACAAUGUCCGCUCCUAUAACUCCAUCUACGGCGCCCGAAAAGGGUAUCGUCAAUCCUCCAGGGACCACUUUGGUGAAGAAGCCAUAUCCAUUCUGGCUGGGAGGUGUCGCUGCGUCCCUUGCUGCGUCCGUUACGCAUCCUUUAGACUUGACCAAAGUCAGGUUACAAACGUCUGGAGAUAAGGGCAUGCUCAAUUCCAUGCGAAAAACGGUCGCUGCGAAUGGCUUCACUGGAUUGUUUGACGGUCUCACGGGAACACUCCUCCGACAGAUGACUUAUUCCAUGAUGCGUUUCGCAGUCUACGAUGCUGCCAAAGAGGCUUUACAAGAUGGACCCGGACCAAUGCCAGCAUGGCGCAUGGCUCUGGCUGGUUCUAUAGCCGGAGGAGUAGCUGGAGUCUUUGGAAACCCUGCCGAGUUGAUGAUGGUCCGUAUGCAAGCGGACAAAGCCAAGCCUCCUGAGAAGCGAUACAACUAUCGAAACUCCAUCCAGGGUCUCUACAGGAUGACUCAACAGGAGGGAAUCGCAUCAUGGUAUCGUGGUGUGGUGCCCAAUGGCUUUAGAGCGGUUCUUAUGAACAUGUCUCAAUUGGCCAGUUACGACUGGUUCAAGGAGCAGUUGAUAUCCAACAAACUUUUGACCGACGGACCCGUAUGCCAUUUCGUGGCUUCUCUGGGAGCUGGUACAGUGGCGACCACCGUUUGCUCGCCUGCCGAUGUGCUCAAGUCCAGAAUUAUGAAUGCUCAAGGCGCAGGCACAACCAGUACCAUCGCUGUCAUCAGACAAUCUCUUGCAGCUGAGGGGCCCAUGUUCAUGUUCAAAGGUUGGGUUCCAGCCUGGAUGAGACUGCAGCCCACAACCAUUCUCAUUUUCUUGAUUCUUGAACAGCUUAAAUCUGGUAUUGACAAGUAUAGACAAGCGGGAGGCAAAGCGCUGUGACGAGGGACUUGGAGCAAGGGACCAUGGCGUCCGCUCGAUGAACCGUCGAUUGUCAGCGGGAGGUUUUGUAGGAUCUGCGGAUGGGAUUUAGACGCAUGUCGGAUGUCUGUGCGUCAGGCCGCGAUGCCGAUGACGAUAGUAGAUUUCAGGCGCGCACAGAGGAUGAAAGCACGAUAGGUUGUUCACUAGCGAAUUGAAUGGAAUGUACAGCCAAGAUCGACCUGUUCCAUUGCAAGGCAUAGUCAAGACGGAGGGCCUCUCAGCUCAUGCUCAGUGAU